AUGAAACGCAGAUCAGUAGAAACAACAUCGACAAAAUCACAAACUAAUUUUGAUGAAAGGACACAAUCUAUUCGAUCCUCUGCACUGUUACCUACAGCUCGUCUAAAUUCAGUUGACACAUCGAUAGAUGUAUCAUCCAAAUCAAAAUUGGUUCAUGUAGCAUACAAUUGUUUGACAAGUCCUCACUUUAAACCAUCGUCAAUGCCAAGAAAUGAUCCGACACCAUUAGCUGAUAUAUUCAACAACGAUAUGGACGAACCGUACAUAUCAGAUGAAGCUUCACAUUCAAAACAAUCACUGCUUCGAAAUAUUCAUCAUGUCAAACUAAUCUGGUUAGAUGCCAACAUUGACAAAUUGACAAGAAAAUAUCGAUGCUCAUUGAACCAAUUUUAUGGAACUGUAGGUCAAAUCAAAACAUUUACGAGACACACCGACUGUAUCGAUUUUGUCCGGAGCGAUAUCGAUCAAACACUAUUUUUGAUCGUGUCCAAUGAUUUCGCACAUUUAGUCAUACCUACAAUUCAUGAAGUGUCCAAACUUAAUUCAAUCUACAUCCUAUGCACAGAUACAUCAGAAGACAUAAAAUGGAUCAAGGGAUAUUAUAAAGUAAAAGGUACAUUUGCUGAUAUCGACUCGAUAUAUGAUCUGCUGAAGUUUACCAUUCAAAGCACGCGUCGAGGUUCCAUUGAUAGCAGCGAGAGCAGCUUUGAUCUUAAUCAUUUAGAUGCAUCGUUCAUGUAUACAAGAAUGUUCAAAGAAAUCUUGCUUACUGUACCGUUCAGUGAUGAAUCAAGGAAAGAUUUCUUUGCUUUCUGUCGCGAGGAAUGCAACUCCAAACAAUUCGGUAUACCUUUGGGAAUCAUUAACGAACUAGAGAACGAUUAUGAUAAACAUUCGUCAAUUUGGUGGUACACACGGGAUUGUUUUAUGUCUAGAUUACUUAAUCAAGCAGUUCGAUCGCAAAAUUUUCAUGUUCUCAUCAAGAUUGGCUUCUUCAUUCAAGAUCUCCAUCGAAAAAUCGAACAAUUGCAUAAGUCAUUAGCCGAUGUACUCAUUUGCUACAGAGGGCAGGGUCUACUGCAUGAUACUUUCGAACAGUUGAGAGAAAUGGAAGGUGGUUUGCUUUUCUUCAACACAUUCUUAUCAACAACACGCAAUGAAAGUGUGGCAACCAUAUAUGCGGAAUCUUCUCAUGAAGACUCGAAUUUAACAGGAGUUGUAUUCAAGAUAAUUGUAGAUCCAGCUGUUCCUACAUCCACUCGACUAGCCGAUUUAGGAGAUGAAGGUUAUUAUUUAGACGACGAAGAAGAAACAUUAUUUUCUAUGCAUUCCGUUUUUCGUAUUGGAAAAAUCACGAAACUGAACAAUCAUUUACAUCAAGUCGAACUUUUUCUAACUAGCGACAACGAUAAGGAUUUACAAAUGUUAUCAGAUUGCAUUCAUCGAGAAAUGCAAGGAGACACCGAAUGGGUUCGACUUAGUAAACUACUUUUGAAUAUCACCCACUUCGACAAAAAUGAAGAACUUCUCGAAAUCUUAUUUCAAAACUCUUCAGACACCGAUCUUGAUAAACAUGGCUAUCGUUGUCAUUUACAAGGUGUAAUAAAAAAGAACAAAAACCUUUUCGAAGACGCACUCAGCCACUUCAAAGAAGCUCUACAAAUCUAUCAAAAUUCCUCCAAGUGUUAUCAUAUACAUAUUGCCACUAUCUGCAAUGAAAUUGGCUCAAUAUAUCACUACAAACAAGAAUAUUCUACAGCAAUUCAAUACUAUCAGAUGGCACUCAAUAUUCAAAUAGAUCUGUUUCCUCGCAAUCAUUCUAAUUUACAAUUAACUUAUACUUAUCUAGCGAAUGCAUAUAGAAAUCUGAAUCAAUGUUCCAUAGCAUUAGGAUUCUACGAACGUGUGUUGAAUAUUUAUAAAAAGUCUCAACUGGUCAGCUAUGCAUAUUUGGCUGAUAUCUAUGAAGAUAUUGGUGAAAUGUUAUACCAGAUGGAAAGAUAUGAAAUAGCAUUUAAACGUUUCCGAAAAGUAUCGAUUAUUCGACAACAUCGUGUUGCUCACGAUGAUGCUAAAAUAGCAAUUAGUUUAGUCAAUGUUAGUCGAGCAUUGGAAAUGAUAUUUCGAUAUCUCGAAGCGCUUCAACAAUGCCAGUAUGCAUAUAAUAUCUUAAAGAGCAGUGACUCGGUGGAUUACAUUGAAUUGGCCAAAAUUUGUCAACGAAUUGCUUAUUUAUACGAAAUGAUCAAAGACGAUUCGAAUGCAUUAAUAUUUUAUCAAGAAUCGUUGAAAUAUUUAGAACAUUCUCCGAUGCGUGAUAGGGCAAGUUUAGCUAGAACUCAUAGAAGUAUAGGUCGUAUAUUUGAACGAAGAGGAGAAACGAACGCCUCAUUCAACUCGUAUACACUUGCUUGUGAAUUUGAAAGAAGAUGA